UGCAAAACACCACAUUUUUAGGGUUGUAAAACUCACGCGACUUUUGUUAUUUUUGGGAGUGGUUUUUGUUUGUUAAUUUAUUUGCGUUUUUUUACGGCUUUGCUUAUCAAUUGCAAGCUAAUAGAAGUCGCCUAAAACUUCCGGUACACCCAGCUGGUGAAGAUGAAGUCCUGGGAGAUAGCCCUGGUGGUCGUCGCUGCCGUUUACUUGUGCUCGCAAGUGAGUUUUGUGGCCGGCUUGGAGUGCUAUGUGUGCUCCAACCAGACGGGAAACACGGAGAAAUGCCUGAACACCAUCAAGACCUGUGAGCCCUUUGAAAAUGUCUGCGGCACGGAGAUCCGCUGGGGAUCCCAGCCGUACUUCUCGGAGGGUGCCCUCAAGCAGUAUUACGUGUCCAAGCGCUGCAUGACCAAGGAGCAGUGCCAGUCCAAGCGGAAGCGGUACAUGCAGCUGUACUGCACCCACAUCUGGUACGAGGAUUGGGCGUGCAACGAGUGCUGUCAGGGCGACCGCUGCAACUACUUUGUGAUUAGCGGAGCUACUUCAAGGCAGGGCUAUGGUGUACACUGGACCCUGGGUAUUGCACUCUUGGGCAUGACAGUAUGGCUUAUGCCGUGGUCUUAGUCUCGAGUAACCACAUCCCUUUAUCCAACGAUUGAUUUAUUAAUUUCGACAAAAGCCGUCCAUAAGCUAAGUAAAAUACCAUUCAUUUUAAUUUCCCCUUGUGGAAUAGAAACCGUCCAACUAGUGCCUUGACUCUCGCUCGAAUAUUUUACUAAUUUUAGUAAAGUAAGUAACGUUUCAUGCGUUUAGCAUGAUUUCAAAGACAAUUUAUAGGAGAUCUUUAUAACUAUUAAGAGCAAGCCUUCGAAUAUGUAUGCAUUCCAAAAGAGAAUCAUUUCGACGGAAGAUUGUAUCUUCUUUGUUCGCCUUAAAAAGUAAAAGAAUCUCAGACUCCGAGCUCAAAAGAAUACUUUUCUUUCCCUUACGAAUUUUAUACAUUCCUUUAUAGAAAUCAAAUAAUUCCACAAUAAGUAUUAUUUCAUUAUUUACACAACCUAAAGGCCAUGCUGAUGCCGAUUUACAAAUAAUAUUAAGCAACCAAUAGAAAACCCAAACUUGAGGCAAAAAUACCAUAAUGGUAACAAUUUUAGAACCAAGAAAAUGCCUUAAUUAUAACCACUGUUGUAUCUUAGAAUCUCACACCCCCAUUACACACAAUAAAGCAAUUCUGACGUCUGUUUGGCGCUUUAAUAUACAAAUAUA